UGCUAGUGGACAAUCAAACCUACACACCCACCUCCAGACACACUCGCAUUUCUCAUUUCUUACUUCUAGUCUAAAUUAGAUAGCAAGACGUAGUGUCGGAGCUCACAGAUCGCACAGAAUUAGUUUAAAGUACUAGCGGUAGUUAAGCAGCAAAUCUGAAAUUCAACAUGGAGUCCCCUCCAGAUCCAGCGAGCGACCCGGGCAACAGCGCCUCGGAGCCGGCUACCCCGGUCAGGGAAACCCCGGUAAACCUGGAGACGCUCCGGAAAGCGGACCAUCCAGCCCCGGUUCGAAGGCAGACCUGUUCCAGCACCAACAGAGGUAUCUCAGUAACAAAGAAGACACAUACUUCUCAAAUCGAAAUAAUUCCCUGCAAGAUCUGUGGAGACAAAUCAUCAGGCAUACAUUACGGCGUGAUAACAUGUGAAGGCUGUAAGGGCUUCUUCAGGAGGAGUCAGCAGAGCAAUGCAGCUUACUCUUGCCCCCGUCAGAAGAACUGCUUGAUCGACCGCACCAGCCGCAACCGCUGCCAGCACUGCCGGCUGCAGAAGUGCCUGGCAGUGGGCAUGUCACGAGAUGCAGUGAAGUUCGGCCGCAUGUCGAAGAAGCAGCGAGACAGCCUGUACGCUGAGGUCCAGAAGCAUCGGCUGCAGCAGCAGCAACGUGACCACCAACAGCAGCCUGGAGAGGCGGAGCCGCUCACACCUAGCUAUGGCCUCUCAGCCAAUGGCCUCACAGAGCUCCAUGAUGACCUCAGCGGCUACAUGGAUGGUCAUACCCCUGAUGGCAGCAAACCAGACUCGGCCGUCAGCAGCUUCUACCUGGACAUCCAACCAUCUCCUGACCAGUCAGGCCUGGACAUCAACGGCAUCAAGCCGGAGCCCAUCUGCGACUUUGCCCCGGGCUCUGGCUUCUUCCCUUACUGCUCCUUCACCAACGGAGAAACCUCCCCCACCGUGUCCAUGGCUGAACUAGAGCACCUGGCCCAGAACAUCUCUAAGUCACACAUGGAGACAUGUCAGUACCUGCGAGAGGAGUUGCAGCAGAUGACCUGGCAGGCUUUCCUGCAAGAAGAGGUGGAGAGCUACCAGAGCAAGCCCCGGGAAGUCAUGUGGCAGCUGUGUGCUAUCAAAAUAACAGAGGCCAUUCAGUAUGUGGUGGAGUUUGCCAAGCGCAUCGACGGCUUCAUGGAGCUGUGUCAGAACGAUCAGAUAGUGCUGCUGAAAGCAGGCUCUUUGGAAGUCGUGUUUGUCAGAAUGUGCCGUGCCUUUGACUCGCAAAACAACACAGUCUAUUUUGAUGGAAAAUAUGCCGGACCUGAUGUGUUCAAGUCAUUAGGCUGUGACGACUUGAUCAGCUCCGUCUUCGAGUUUGGGAAAAACUUGUGUUCUAUGCACCUGUCUGAGGAUGAGAUCGCCCUGUUCUCUGCCUUUGUGUUGAUGUCUGCUGACCGGUCUUGGCUCCAGGAGAAGGUGAAGGUGGAGAAGCUUCAGCAGAAGAUCCAACUGGCCCUCCAGCAUGUCCUGCAAAAGAACCACAGAGAGGAUGGUAUACUUACAAAGUUGAUAUGCAAAGUGUCGACACUGCGAGCGCUGUGCAGUAGGCAUACAGAGAAGCUUACAGCUUUCAAAGCAAUAUACCCAGACAUUGUGCGUGCCCACUUCCCCCCCUUAUACAAGGAGCUGUUUGGAUCAGACUUUGAGCAGUCCAUGCCCGUUGACGGGUAGCAGCCCCGCCAGGUGCCAGUGUGCCCACCGUAGGGGAAUGUGGAGGAGGAAUCUGAGACACUUUACUGGUGCCCUGCACAAACCAGAGCGGACAGAUGGCACGCUGUUCAACUUCUUCUUUUACAUUGGAGGGGAGGGCUUAGGGAGUUGAUUGUCAAGGUUUACUAUAUUGAAUUUAGUUCUCUUUGGAAGACAUGUGGGACCCGAGACCCAACGGGACAUGAAGAGGAGAUAGGAACAAAUAAUUUCUGUUUGGUUGAACUUGACCCUCUUAUGCGCUUUUUUUAACAUGGAACUCAUUAUUCCCUUGAUUCGUUUUCACCAGUAUCCUGAUUUCUCUGUGCAUCUGACUUAGAAUCAUAUAAACAAUCAGCGACACAUAAGAAUAUCCCUAAAAUAAAUCAGUAUUAUUUUCCAGAUUACACUCCCACAGCAGUUUCGGUGUUCUCAUUUUAAUACACUGUCACCCUCAAAUUGAAAUAAGUAACUGGUAAAUGCGCACAUUUUGGUCAAGUUCAGCCAUUUUUCUCUUGUUUUCAGUCGUAUCUUCUGGACACAGUGCUUGGAAUGAAAACACACAGCAACUUUGAGGGAGGUUCCAUUGGCAUGGUGAUGCAAUCGGCACCUCUCUAUGGACAAUCGUUUAAAAGAAAAAAAAAGAAACCUAGAAUUCUGGUAAUUCUAAUGAAAACGCAAUGAUUUUAGCUGUCAAAGACUCCAUCCACCAUUGUUGCAUAGUGAAAUCAUGUAAGGCCAUCUGCUAUUAAUCCUUCUCUGGACAGGUGCCCUGGAGAAGCACAGGGCACCAACACAAUGAAAAGGGUCCAUUCCACCUGUUUUAUAAUGUACUACAGGGUAUAUGGUCAUAAGUACUUACUAUACAGAAAAAAGUAAUGUUUAUAGAAUCUAUUUUAAAUAACAUGUAUGAUAUUAGUAGUUAGACCAUUCUUAAUUGUUGAAUUGAUAAGGCACUUUUAUUUACACCUUUCUUUAAUUUAAGACUUGUAUAUUUACCUAGUGAUGUGUUGCAUGUGCACAAGAAAUACAAGUUGAAUCAUGGUCACAGAGGGUAGUCCUGGGAGCUGCAGAUGAUACUGGUCUGGAAGUGUUCGGGAUGUCUGUUAGGAUAGCUGGCGUGGCUGCUUGGCUGGUGAACGAAGAGGCGUGGAUGAGAAGGCAAAUUAAAGACACUCUACCACCUUAUUUCCUCAACAACUGCCAGCAGUGCGACACCUGUCAAAAUGUAGCUCUGAUGCUCCUCUUAGCGAGUAUUCACGCACAAAGUAACAGCAAACAAACCCUGUAGUGAUGUUACUUUGUUUUGAACACACCUGGAUGUCACAGCAUGUGUUUGAAGAUUUUUUAAAACACAAGAAAUCUGAGGUAUACGAUCAUGGAACACUGCAAUACUUUCAUAUCCUUAAUUGUAUUUUUGAAAUAUUUCAUUUUAAUGUGAAAAUCUGCACUUAUUAUUUAAAGGUUUCAAGAGGACAGACAAAAUGAAGCAUCCAGGUCUUACAAAUCAAACACUUAAUAGCCAUGUGGUUGGACUGAAAAACUGCACACAGACUAUAAGCCAAUUGUUCCAUCUAGUGGAAGAUAAAGAUACAACAAGCAAGUCAAUGACGGAGCUCCGGAGUCUAACCUAAAAGCACAUUUAUGAGCCUCUGUCAAAGCGUUUUCAGCCAUUUAAGAGUGACUUUCUCUGCCUUCUCACCGCAGCCUCGGCCCAGCAACGCCGUUAACUGGACACAGAAGAAAACAGCGAAGGGAAAGUGAAUAUUCAAAGCCUUGUCUGGUAGUAAAGCUUCUAUUUUUGUAACUCGUUUUGGUUAAUAAACUCAUGAAAGAGAACGAGGGAGAGAAAAAGAUGUCAGGUAGCACUUAACUAUAUUCCUGCAAUAAUUAGACUAGCUGUUGUUUGUAUGAUUAGGGGAGAAACAUAAAAAUGGUAGGACAAGUGCUAUUUUCAGAAUGCUUUGUUGUUGUGCUUCUGUUUUGUUGAGUGUGUCUUUCUUGUCAGUGUGGUAGUAAAGUGGUAGAAAAAACCCUGGAUGUGCCAAACAGUAGUCGUUGCUUCCGCUUUCCAGUCUACUCGUCUAUAAUGUAGAAUGGAUUCCUAAGACAUUCCAGCGAUCUCAGUAGCGGCUUCUAGAAAUAUCUUUGGGGGAAAAAAAGAGCAAAAAAAUGUUAUCCCUUUAGAAACCCAACAAAGCAUGUUAACACAUCUGUCACCAACUGUAACAUAGAAUCCAGUUGUUUGUCUUUUGUUUUUCUGUUUGCACACUAUCAUUCCUCUGCCGUGCAAUUUGCACAAGGCGUUAAUGCCUUGUGCUGUCACCCCUCAGGGAAGAGUUUCUUUUGUGCUUUCUGUUUGAGAGGACAUUUGUUUUUUUUUAUUCAUUAGGUUUUAGUUUAGUUUUUUUUUUGUUUGUUUGUUUUGUUCAGGGAUGUUCCAUGGGAAGUGGUUGAAAUUAAGAUUUGAAAAUUCAUCACUGAGUUGUUCUGAAUUUUACACAUUACCAACGUCCAUAAGGGGCCUCCAGCCAAGUCAAGUUAAAAAAAAAAAAAAUCUCAUUUGUAAAAAAAAAAAACAACAAAAAAAAAACAAACCCCAUCACUUUUACGAACUGCAGCUUUUCAGUACGCAGCAUAUUUCUGUCACGCGAAAAUCAGUUUUGGUUUCAAAAUGGUGUCAUCAGGGUCUUUACAAAUGAUAACCCUCUUUGUUAGAAAACCAAAUAUUCUUAUGCAAUACUAAAUCUGUUGUGUUUGGGUUGUAGUAGAUAUGCUGUACCUGAGUAAUAAUCUCUGUUAUGAUCCAAUGCUAUUUGGAUAUGCACAAGCCCUCUACGACAAGUAAACCUCAGUCUCAAAGCAAAAGAAACCCAGUCUGGAACACUGCUAGACAAUCCAGGUUGAGAGGCCCAGCGGCCCGGCAAGAGCAACGAAGAGGAUGAGGUGUGAACGCUCAGGGAGGUAACAGGCAGACCGAAGAAGCAGCUCGCUUUCCUCUGGAGUUGCAGAGCAUUUGAUUAGCUCUUUUGUGAAUUUAUGAGAUCUUGAAAAAUCUCUUGAAAGCACUCAAUUGAUGAGAGGAGCUUGGCUGAACUUUUUGGCAUAGCACACUGAACACGUAGAGCAGCACUUACUGUUCAGAAAACAAUGAAGAAAUGGAUAUUUGGCUAAUUUGCUGUUAAUUAUUUGCAAAUUUUGUUUUUGUUUCUUGAAAAUUAUUAUUAUUUGUUUUCUUAGGAUGUUGUAAUAUUACUUGAUGGUCACAUGAGCAAGUCAGUAUUUUGUCAAAUAUGGUCAGCUAAGGUCUACCACCAAAAGGGUUCUUUUCUCAUAAAAGUGAAAAUGUGUUUUCAUUCAAGUCUAAAUAGUCGAGUGGCUUGUCAUGUGUUCUACGAUAUAUAACAAGCAAUAUGCCUUGUGUUACAAUUACGGGUCUCUACAGUGCAGUCAUCGUCCUUUUUGAAUUGACUUUAUUCAUACAACUGACUCCAAUUUACAAUGUUUACUCUCAGUCUAUAACAAAAAGUAAUAAAGCCCCAUCACUCUAUUUUCAUUCUCUUAUGUACUAGUAUGGUUGCAAUAGUGGCAGGAUAGCAGAAAAUGGUCACCAAACACAUGGAAACUUGUGUCUAACUAUAAACUCUGCCUUCACACAGGCCUGAAAAGUGAUGUCCUUCUGUAUUUGACAAAUCCCUGUUUAAGUAAGGGAUCGAUGCUACGUGUGCUAUUCAAUCAGUGUAUAGUAUACAGUAAAAUGUGCUGGUCCUUCUGUCUCUGCUCUGUUGUCUGUUUGUAAAAAGCAAUAGUGUGUGUGCGUGUGCGUGUGUGUAUGUGUUUGUUCUCACAGUGUGUGAAUAAAAUAAACCCCAGACAAGGCUUUAAUAAUUUCAGAGGAACAGGGUUAUGUGGACGAGGAGGUUUUGAUUUUUAUUUUGGACUUUUUAAAAGAAGAAGAAGAAAAAAAGAGGUUUUGGAAAUGCUGAGCUUGAUCCAUCCAUAAUAGGUGUAGGUUUUAAAAGCAUGACAUAAUGCCUUCGACAAUUCAUCGGUCUGCAGGAAACGCUGUGAGGCAACAGCGGCCGGGCUCACAGUGAAAACACGCUUUGUUAUCAGUUCGGCCAGAAUACGGCUGCAGCUUGAGCUGAAAUGAACUGAAAUCGAUUCUGGACUGUAAAUUGUGAAAAUGAGUCUUCUUGACCGUAAAUUGUGAGGAUCAGUGUUAUGUCACGCUUAAAGUUGCCAGUGCGUUGCCCAUAAUUAUGAGUCAGUCAUCACAUUUUUAACAAGAACUCAUUUUCCAAAGCACAGGUGAUAAGAAUUUAUGAUUAAAAUUACAUUUAAGAAUAUAGUUUUAAAAAAAUGAAAAAGCAACUUUUAGCCAUAAUCGAAUGUCAAGCAAUAAUAUAUGUCUGUGUAUUAUUUUUCAUUCUUUUGUGCAUAAUAGUCUUUGAACAUCUGCAUGUAAAUACACCUCUUAUUUAUCACUAUUUGGUUUUUGUUUUAUUUUUGUGUUGAUUUUGUGGACGUUUUUAUGUUUCAUCUGUAUAUUUGACCAGUUCUGUUCCCAGGUGGAGAACUAAGAACUUGACAUGGCCUGUAUGCUGUGUAUCUUAUUUUCUCACUCUCUCCCUCAUUCUCGGCUGUUUAUGCACCAUAUUUAAUAUUAUUAUUGAUCACAUGUAUAAAGGUAGCUUUGUAACUUCUGUCUGUAUAGGUAAGAGGAAAAUACUGCUACUAAGGCCUACCCAGUGAAAAUAUUUAUCUGUUUAUCAAUUACAUCCUAUUGUACGAUAAAAAAAACUGUUUCUACUUUGCUUCCCUUCUUUAGGAUUAGUUUGAUAGAGAUAGGGUGUGCUGACAUUUAUUUUGUGUUGCCCUGAUGUGUGGUGCUAGGUAAGUUAAUUUCGUGAACCAAGUAUUGAUUCCUAAGCCUGGCCGCCCUAUUAGUUCAUUCAUUUCAUUGCAUAUUAAUGUAUUAUUGAUAUUAGGACUCAAUAAAUAAUAAUGAUAAUGAAAAUGAUAGUGGUAAAAUUACCCAGCCGGCACCUGUAUCAGUGUGCUAGUCCUGGGACUAAGGCACUUAUUUCCUUCUGACUUAUAGCAAAGCUAGUAUCUGCUAAUUAACAAGCUAUUUAAGGUUGCUUUUCUGGUUUGUGGAAAAAUUAUAAUAUUCGAACUGAAACAGCAGUAUUGUGUUUUUUCUUUGUCUGAUUGUAAAAAAAAACCACUCACUGAGGCUAUAGUUUGUCAGGUUUUAAGAUACUAACUAUUUACCUCCUGUGUCUGCAUUGUUCUUCACCUGAUGCAGGGAAGUGGUGCUUGGAUUUCAUUACACAGAGCCUCGGUAUGCUUUUGUUAUUCCCCAUUUUAGACUAUCCUGAAGCAGUGGUUUCUUCAGACCAGUGGCAUAAACCUUUUGCACCCACAUGAAGUGUUAAAAAUGUACAUGAAAGGAUUGCCAUUUGAAGACAAAGUUGACCUUUUUCUCUCUACUCUGUAGCAAAUAUCAGUAAGAAUAUGCUUGCAAUAAUACACAACGUAUCACACUGAGUGCCUCUCGGUGUAACAAAAUGCAUACAUGGUUUUGAUUGUCUUUUUUUUGUGGUUUUCCAGACGUGUACUGAAGUGACAAUGUAUUUUGUACAUGAGGAUGAAUUCUCACUCUCACAUGCUUAAAAAAAAUGUUUUUUCAGAUUCUUUCUUCAUAUGUUGUUAAUCAUUUUUCACGUGGGUUGAUGCGCUAUGUUGAAGGGUUUCAAUGUAUAGAUGGUCCGUUUAGAGUGUACAUGUCACCCCUCACCUUGUUUCAUUUGUUUGUUUCAUGUUGAUCUCAAAUGGUCAAUAAAUGCUCGUGGAUAAUAUGAUGGAAGCGUUCACCUGCACAUUUUUCUUUUCCGAUUGAGCGAAAACAAACAGAAAAUCCAGAUUUUGUCAUUUUCUGUUUGUGUUGUUCGACUUUUUUUAUUUCACUGAGAACAGAAAAUUUACUAAUGCAUUGUAUAUUAAGUAUUUGUAUGUGUUUGUAAAACAGGCAUACAACACAUCUGGAUUUCCUUAAUGUUCUGUGUUCAAUGUGCCCUCAGUCUGUUGGGGUAACUUAACAUGAAGGGUGGGUGGAGCAGGGGUGGAUUCUUUUUCCAUGCAAAAAGCAGUGCAAAUUAUGGGAAAGCCGAAACUAGUGUGUGGUUGUCACAAAUUUCUAAGUCACACGUUUGCUACUGAUGUUAAAUGGGGACAGAUGAUCAUGUACCUUUUUAUCCAGCUCUUUUGAACUCUCUUUAGCAGGUAGUCUAUUCACAAACGUAGUUUUGCUCCUUCUUGUCUGAUUCUUAAAUAUGAAAAUAAGUAUUUUGAUUCAUUUUGUAAAUACAGCUGUAAAGAAAAAUAAGAAAUUUAAUGUUGUCUUUUAAAUACUUUUCAUUCUAAUAUGAAUGUUGUUAUAUUGUACUUAGAAACUGUACCUUUAAUAUUACCUUUAUUAAAAGUGCAUUGGACACAUCGAUUUUAGAUGUGCUUUAUGUGCUGUUAUCCCAUAAUAAAAUUUACCGCUUGUAAUGGGCUUUCUUUUCCUGA